AUGAUUAGGAGCUUUCCUCGUGGUACAUCUUGUGGGAGGUAUGGUUUUCGAGCUCAACAUCUUAUGGAUUGUUUGGGUGGUGCUGCUAUGGCUAUCUCGGAUUAUUUGCUAGCCUCUAUUACUCGAGUGAUUAAUCUUUUCCUUGAGGGUCGAUGUCCGCGGCCUCUUGGUGAGUACAUUGCUAGCGCUCCGCUCGCGCCACUUGUUAAACCAGGGGGUGGUAUCCGUCCUAUAGUUGUUGGCACUGUUUGGAGACGUCUUGUUUCUAAGGUUGGUGCUUGUCUUGUUGGCCCUACUUUAUCUGGUUAUUUUGCUGGUCUUCAGUUUGGGGUCAGGGUUUCUGGUGGAGCCGUGAAGGAGAGGCUAUUUUGCAUGCCUUGA